AUCUACCUUAUCCAAGCACCUUAUAAAAGCAAAAACGGCAAUUUGCACUUGUUCUACAGUUAUUUCUACUUUCUUUUCUUGUUUUUCGUUUUCUUGAAUGUUCUGUCUUGCUGCGGUGUUAUUACCACGGUGCUGUCUCACACCAAUAGCAAAGCGCACAAAGCACACGCGUCAUGUGUUUACGGUGCGCGAGCGCAUCAGCUGAUCGAGCGCGCUGUGACCUGAACGCAGUUCCGCAAUUGGUUUCAGCAGUUGUAAUUUUGACGGUGCCACCCUUGUCGCUCAGCUGGAGUGUCGCGCCAGACAACGUAUCGUGCCGAUAACUGACUACGCUUAAUCCACGCAUGAGAGAAAGCGAGAAACGAGAACGGCGAAUUCUCCUUCAGAGACUUUAUUGGUCCGGAGGGUGGUCGCAUUGUUCCGUGAGUGUAAACUCGCGCGACGGAUAGGUGCAGCAGAAUCGUGUUCCGUGAAGCAGAGACGGUGUGAGGCAGCAGGGGCAACACGACAGGAAUUCGUGUGCUCCGUCUGUCUCAACUUUCUGUACGACGCGGACGGUGCGUGCGUCCGGGACAUACAACGCGUUUCUCUGUGCGGUACAUUUCGCUGCUAAGACAUGCCCGUGGGCGAUGAGGACGUGCUCGCAACCGCGACCAGACGAUGGUGAUGCUCGUCGAUGCGGUGCCGUUCUCGUUCUCGAUCUCGACCUCGACCUCGACGUAAAGAAGGCACAUGAGGGGUGAGUCACGGGCAAUCGAAGCCAGCAAGAUGUCUUGGAUGUCGGGGUUCACAUGGUCGGAGAGUAUCAAGAAGAGGGCCAGCAGGUAUCUAUUGCAACGUUACCUCGGCCAGUUUCUGGAGGAAAAGCUGACGCUGGAUCAGCUGAACAUCGAUCUGUACAAUGGCAGAGGUCGUGUCACCAACGUCAGCCUUGACGUGCAGGCGCUCAACGAAUUGGGAGAGCAACAACAACUCCCGUUGGAAUUCGUCGAUGGUUUCAUAACGGAAGUGUCCAUCAGCAUACCAUGGGCGGCGUUACUUAGGGAAGCGAGUUACGUGGAGGUGAAGAGUCUAAGGCUCACGGUGCAGCCACGACAGAGAACCGAUACGGGCACAUCGAUGUUCGAGUCUAUGUGGAGUUCCAUGACGUCGAGUAUGCAACUAGCGCAGGAGUGUCUGCAACAGGACACAGCCAACAUGGCGAACGCUCAGCCACUGGAGUCUGUGGAGAAAUUUGCGCAGACGAUAGAUUCGAUUUUGUCCAAAGUGAAAGUGAGGUUCAUAGACACUGUGAUACGCCUGGAGCACGUUCCUUUGGAUUCGUCCACGGGGGUGGCGAUGGAAAUGUGUAUACAGAAUCUCGAAUACUCGGACGAGGCUGGAUUGGACCCUAACAGCACAUCCUUAGAUUGCAAGGAGUCUACGAAAACUUACAUCAUUUCGGCAUUCACUACCAAGCGGUUUUACCUAGAGGGAGUGACCUUCAACACCGACGAGUUUCCCUCUCAUGCGAGAACAUUUUCUAAGAGUAUGGUGGAAAGCACAAGCUCCACGCCCGAUUCUAAAAACUCGGACAGUCUGUUUUCUUCCGCGCUAAUGUCUCCUACGCAGAACGCGCCGCACACUCCACCGGAAGGAAAUACCGCUAAUAAUGUGAGCGAAUCGAAUCCUAUCAUGUUUGCCAAACUGGCGGGUAGACAAGAAGUGAGAUUAAAGAUAAAGCAAGAGGAAGGAAUGUCGGGACCAAAGGUGGAAUUGGAAAUUACCUUGGGAUCUCUCACUCUAUUCCUGAGUCCUAGGCAGCUGCAUGUCUUGCUGGAAUUGGCGCAUGGCCUAGCGUCCCCGGAUCUAGAAGACGUCAGCAACGUCGUGCCGAGGACAUACAUGGAGAAACCUAUGGCCGGCAGCGACUUUAGUCGCAUAGAACGCGAACUCAUCCAUCAAACUUAUCCUGCACCGGACUUGCGGACCACGGAUCUGCGAUAUACUCAAGGAUGGUCCACGGACCCCGUGGACGAGUCCGACAACGAAGACGAAUUCUUACCGAUGCAAUUACCGGGAUCUUCGUCAAUGAGCGGCUCGAUGAUGAGCAACAACGUUAGUAUGGAGGGCAGCAUAUCCACCAGCAGCAUCAGCUCGAAGAGCUCAACGACGAAUCUAUCCAAGCAUAAUAAGCACAGGUACAACGUAGACAACGACACUUCCGCGGAGACGUCCCAGUUCCACAUGAGAAUGUCUUCGAUCGCUCUGGUUCUUUUGCACGAGGAUAUAUUGACACCAUGCGUGGAGGGACGGUUCACGGUCGGUCUCACAUCCAGUAGCAUCAAACAAAUGAGGAGUAUCGCGAAGGAAUUCUUCAAGCAAUUGGGAAUGUUCGCGACAGGUGGCUACGGAAGUAAAGAUUUCGAUAAAGUGUCGAGAUUGCUCGUGGAUGCUUGUCGACUCAGUCAUAUUAGAUUAUUGGCCGCACCGCUAAUUAUCGAGGGGAAUGAGAAGACCACCAGUCAGUUCUCCACGAUAUCGGGAAAUUUGACUCUAGCUAGUUUAGAAGUUGUGGAGUGUCUGGUCGAUUCCACCAAUCCUGGUUCGUACGGGACGCCAACGAUGGAAUUCGUCGAACUGCUCGGAUUUUCGAAAGAGAGCGUAACCGAACUCGGCUUUUCCAACAAGACCGACUUUAGAAUGAGGUUUAAAUACACGGAAAAGGCUGUUCGGCAUGCCCAUUCGACGCGAUUUGCACACCCACGCACAGAGAUCGACAUUCAAUUGGAACCAUGCAGCAGCGAAGUAGACAUCACGAUUAUAGAUAGGAUAUCCGCUGUACUCAAUCCACAGCCGAUAUGCACCGGCAAUCCUGCAGUGAAUACCAGAGAUAAUCAGCAAACGUCAUUCGAUCAGGCUGUAGACAACACAACACUGCCAGAUUCCAGGGUGGACGUGAAGGUUUCCGCUUCGUCGUGCACGAUCAGACUGAGGUUUCCUGUGCCAGAUCUAAGACCGCUGCACGAUAUGAAUCGCGCGCCAUGGUGGAAAAGAUCCGUCAGGCCCGACUGCAUGGUGCUACAGAUGACAGACGCACAAAUUCGCUUCAGCACGGAGAGUCGGUCUCACUGUCUGGCGAGGUACGAAUUGCAGUGUCGCUGUUUGUCGCUUUUGUACGUAGAAACCGAAGGAGACGCACCGCUCGAGAUCGGCAGGGUCACGGCCGACGAAAAGAGCGAUGCUUCGUACCAGCAGGUCAGCGAGGGCUUCGGCUGGGCGAGAAUAGUGAUCACUAUGUAUCCGCGGCGUCUCGGCGCACAAUUGGAAGACAGCUCCGAGGGAGAGCCAGACUCGAGUUUGGACGAGAGCCUGGAGAAAACGCCGAAGCACGAGCCUUCCCCGUUCAGUUCUAAACGCGUCAUUCGCGAGUCCGACACGCCUCACUCGAGGUCUCACGAGCAGACUGAAAAGUACGAGCAAAGCGAAGGCGAAGAGCUGAUAAUACCCGGCAAUCGGCAAGAGAUGCUGGAAUUCAUAGAGGAAGGCACGCGUGGUUCCAGGCUGCAGCUGGACAUCAGUCUGCCCUGCGUUUCCGUCCAAAUACCAUCGAAACGUGUGUACGAGCUGCUGUACAACCGCUUCAACACUGACCUGUUUCUGUGGGAACCAUCGGCGCCGAAACCCAGAUGCAUGUCUCACAUGGAGAGUCACGUUGGCCUUGAUCUAGCGUCGACUCUCUUACCGGAGUCCGGCACGUUGCCCAGGUUCCGAAUGUGCAAGAGCGGCAUCCAGUGCUCCGACUCCGAAUCGGACGACGAGGAUGUGUUUCAUUCCACGGAGGAUUAUUACAAGAAUCGAAUGUCGAGGAAUCUGGUCGACGCGCAGAGCAAGGUGGCCGUAACUGUGAACAUCAGUCAGGGUCUGCUGGUAAUACGGACACCGGUGCGCGACUCCACGCGCAACGUCAUCCCGAUGCAACACGGCGAGGUGGUGAUUCGACUGGAGGACGCUACGAUAUUCUCCGUAACUGCGUUCCGUGGCGACGACGAUCUUGGCUAUAUGUGCGGCAUGGCAAGGAACAUGUGGCUAAACCACUGCGGCCUAGCGACCAGCUCGUCGCAGACACCGCCUCUGCGAUCAGCCUCGGCGAACAGCGUGAUACCGCAUUGCCAUGGCACUAUCUAUCGGAGUGAGUCAGGCUGCAACACGGGAGGCGGCUUAGCUAACGCCACGGAGACGGACAUGGUAACGUUGGCAGUGAGAAUACAGGCCGCGCAUCAGACACACCGCGUCAAGACCUUCCGCGUGGCGCUGGGCAUGAGAAACGCCACGCUCAGGCAUCGGAUGUGCUCCCACGCGACCGCUUGGUACACGCAGCUGAUCGAUUGUCUGGACGUGGCCGAUUAUCCUGUACCCGGCUACGCGCCGCCGGGCGUCCUCACGGAGCUGCAUCUGCAUCUGUGGGAUUGCGCGGUCGAUUAUCGGCCGCUUCACCUGCCGCUCAGAUCCGUACUGACGCUGGGUAACUUCAGCGUGUCGAGCAACAUUGCCGCGCAGACCAACACGUCGACAUUGCGCUUCAUCGCGGAGGAGGUCGCGCUCUUCGUGUCGGAUAAGGUGUCGGGCAAAUGCGUCGAUCUCAGGCGAGGCUACGUGUGCGUGAUGAAUCUCGGGCUCUUCGAGCUGUCGCUGCGGCUCAACGAGAAAAUGUGCGGCGGCGCGCCGCGGGUGGAUCUCCGCGCGAGCAACAACGUGCUGCACGUACGCACGUGCUCGGACUCAGGACGCGCUCUCAUGCAGCUGCUCAACUAUAUCGCUAGCGACGGCGAUCUGAUGCCGAACCCGGCAGCCACGGCCACGGCAGCCGAGAACAUGCCCGCGCCGCCGAGUCGCAGGUCGCCCGAGGAGAGCCUCGUGGAUGUGGAGAGUAUAAGCACUUUGAGCAGGAGCCAGGUGGAGCGAGUGUACAGUCUGAUGGAGGACGCGCUGGAGGAGACCGUGAAGGGAACGAUGACGCAGAACGUCGAUGGCAGAACACCGAUGACGGAGAAUCGAGUCGAGGUGUUUUUCUUCCCCGACGAAGCUUGUCCCACCACCGCCACCACCGUUGCUGCGGCCGUUGCUGCUGGCCCGCAUAGUCACGGAGUCACAGAGACGCGCGGCAGGAAGUGCAGCGCGCGAGAAUGCGGCGCCAAAACUACGACCGCCGUCGCGUGCGACGCCCUCGAGUCCGACGAUGUCGACGAGGAGUUCUGUAUUCUAGGGGAGGAGGCCGGUGUGGGAAUAAUACCGCGCUGCGGUGUGCCCGAGGUCCGUUGGCUGUGUCAGGAAUCGUUGAGGAUAGUGGACAACCAUUUCUACGUGCCGGCCGGCAAAGCGGAUCUGCUGCAGGCUCCGCCGAACUUCCCCGCGCCCGUAUUGAAGUACACUCUCUGCGAGAUGACGCUGAUAUGGCACAUGUACGGCGGCAAAGACUUCGAAGAGACGCAGACGCAGCCGCUACCACCGCCGCCGCCGCCGCCGCCGCCUUCAUCGUCGUCCUCGUCGUCAUCCUCGUCCUCGACCUCGUCGUCGUCGUCGUCGUCAUGCCAGAAGCACGUGACCAUCAACGAGAACGCGCGUUACAAUAUCACGCACGGAAGAAGCAGAUCCGCUGUAGGUGGCGUGAGCUUCAGCAAGUCCAGCGCGAACGAGGUGCACUUUGGCAGCGUGCCGAAUUCACCGUGCGCAACAAGAGGCAGGGAAUCAUUGGUCGACUGGCAAACGCUCGGCGGCCAGGGUCGACGGCACGACGUGCUGAUGGAGCUGCAGCUGAACAAGAUCCGUUUUCAGCACGAAGUCUAUCCGGAGAACACCGCGGAAGCGUCCAGGCAGGUUCUCUUGGUGAACGAGAUCGAAAUAAGGGACCGACUGGCGUCGUCGCGCAUCAACAAAUUCCUUUAUCAAUAUAGCAGUGAGGCGAGACCGAAGCAGUCGCAUGCCAAUAUGUUUACCAUGAAGGCGGUUCACGUAAGACCGGAUCCCAGAUUAAGCGCUCAAGAAUGUUGUUUGAAACUUAGCCUACUGCCACUGCGACUGAACAUAGACCAAGAUAGCCUACUGUUCUUAAUAGAAUUUUUUAACGAACUAGGCGGUGGUGGAUCGAAGCAGAGCCAAGAAAACACUAGCGCACCCAAUAAUAGCUCGCAAUCCACCCCCGUAUCGAAACAAGGAACACCCACGCAUCAUCCGCCCGUUAUGAGCGUGAAUGAUGAUGCGUCGAUGAACGACGCGAUGAUGAAUAUGUCGCAGAAUGAUAUUAUUGAUCAGAAUUUAUUGAUACUGCUGGAGGACGAGCUGACGAUCAAAGAGAACAAGAUGAAAGCCAAGACCGUCUACGAGGUCCACGACGACAGCCAGCCGAUAUACUUCAGAAGUGUGGUGUUCUCUCCGGAGGUUCUCGUGAAGCUGGAUUACCAGGGAAAGCGCGUAGAUCUUACUCACGGACCGUUCGCCGGCUUGCUGAUGGGUCUGGCGCAAUUGAACUGUUCUGAGCUAAGACUGAAGAGAUUGUCGCACAGAUACGGACUUUUGGGAUACGACAAACUGCUCGCUUACCUAGCUUCGGAGUGGUUGCAGGACAUAAAGAAGAAUCAACUACCGGGUUUGCUCAGCGGCGUAGGUCCGAUGUACUCGGUGGUACAGCUCUUUCAAGGGAUACGUGACCUGUUUUGGUUACCGAUCGAACAAUACCAAAAGGAUGGGAGAAUUGUGCGCGGCUUGCAGCGCGGUGCAAACAGCUUUACAACGUCCACUGCGAUGGCGGCGUUGGAGCUCACGUCUAGACUCGUUCAGGCGAUACAGAGUACGGCCGAGACCGCAUACGACAUGGUCAGCCCCGGUCCUAGCGUGAGAUACAAGAAUAAAGGACAGAAGGGUCGUCGGAAGAGGCACAACCAGCCAUUGGAUAUUCGAGAAGGAGUAGCUAACGCUUAUAUGCUGGUAAAAGAGGGUUUGGGCGAAACAGCGACGCAGCUGGUCCGUGUGGCAAGCGAGGAGCACGAGCAUAAAGGUGUAUCUGGCGCAGUCGGCGGAGUACUGCGGCAAAUUCCGCCGACGGUCGUGAAGCCAAUCAUUCUAGCCACGGAAGCGACCAGCAACGUACUUGGUGGCAUGCGAUCACAACUGGUACCCGAUGCGCGCCGCGAGGCAGUUCAGAAGUGGCGGCAAGACUCUGACGCUAGUUAAUCCUUCCGCUGUGCUAACUGACGGCAGAGCUUUAUCACGGAGACGCGAUCAGAAUUAACAUCAUAUUGACUAACGCAAUCAAGAUUAACAUUAUAUUGAUCUGUGCAAUUAGGACUGAA